AUGGUCGACACAAACCACAUCUCUCCCUCCAAGGGAGAAGAAGCGGAGGCACUCGCUCAACAAACCACCUCGUUGGUAGACCAGGGCCGAUGGCGAAUCUGCAACGACGGCAAAGGCCUGGAGCGACAGUUCAAGUUCAAGACAUUUAAAGCCACCUGGGACUUCAUGAACGCCGUAGCAGCUGAAUGCAAAAAGCAAAGGCAUCAUCCCGAAUGGUCGAAUGUGUACAACAAGACGCACAUUCGAUGGACGACGCAUGACCCCGAAGGCCUCUCGAGCAAGGACACGUUCAUGGCGCGUUUCUGCGACGACAAGGGGGCGGAGUACGGGGAGAGAGAGCCGGACGGGAGUGAGGAGAGCGCGGGUGAUGGCGCGGGAAGCCUGCAGGCGGGCGAUUGCUGUGUGGGCAAGAAGGGUGAUGGAUCUGCAUGA